CUACGUAGUGCGUGACGUCACAAGAUGGCUACACACAUAGUCCCUUCUUCAACAGUUUCACGGAACAGUGCUUGUGAAUAGUCGUUCGGCGAGUUACGCGUCAGUUUAGUAUUAUAGUGAAUGGUGUUCCUGCGUUAGUGUACGUGAUUUGGUUGUUUAGUUUCUGUGCACUAAACUGGUGAUCUGUUUUUCUUUGCUGUGAAAAUUUCGUUGCCUGCAAAAUGCCGUAUCGUUGUUGUGUGCCGAAUUGUAGAGGAAAUUACGACGGUGGACCAAAAGUAACCGUGUUUAAAUUUCCGGAGGAUGAAGCAACGAGGAAGAAAUGGUUGUCACGUAUUCGCAGACAUAACUUCACUCCUUCUUCAAGUUCAAGAGUAUGUCAUGUUCACUUCCACAAGGAUGAUGUUAUUUGGGAAACACAAAUUGUGGAUGAAAGGACUGGUCAGUUAUUAAGAGCCCCCCUUCUCAAACCACGUUUGAGACCACAUGCAGUUCCAUCACUACUCCCAAACUGUCCUUCCUACCUUUCAAAGGAAGAAAGUAGACGUGAAGGGCCAGAGGAGAAAAAGCAAAGGCUUGAAAAUGAGCAGUUAGCUGCAGCGUUACAAUAUAGUUUAGCAUCACAGAAGGACUAUGAAAACACUUUCAGCUUCAGUUCUUUAGAAGAGUUGAUGUUGCGUACGAAGGAAGUGGAUUUGCCCAACGAGUGGAGUGUGAUCGAAAAACACAGUGAUUUUGUUUGUUUUUUAAAGAUAAUAAGAAAUCCAGCACCAUUAAUCACACAUUCUGUCGUUAUAGAUAGUAAUUUAAAUGUUUCAUUGUUUAAGAAAGAUGUACAAAUUAAGACAUUAGGAAAAAGAUCUUUUCCUGUAAUUGUAACCAAUAUCCAUGAAAUUGUCAGUGUACUGCAGGAGUAUUCAGACACAGAUUGUGGGCACUCAGAAACUUCUAUAGAUAGUAUUGUAGAGAUAGUGAAAGACAGUCUAGGAGUGCUGAAAAACAGUUUACAGGAGAGUGAAAAGGAGAUGGUAGACUUUAUAUAUGAACAAGCUACUGUGCUCAUGCAGUGA